GGCGGCGGCAGGGCGGGGUUUGUUUUGAGAGCGGACCGGAGAGAGAAGACUCACCAGGGAAGAUGGCGACCGCAGGGUCCGCCGAACGGCCGGGUAGACCGGCCAGCACAGCCGCCGGCAGGUACCGGUCCGGGCCCGGAGCUGGGUGCGGCUCCGGGUCCAGUCCGCCGGAGAACGAGACGAAGAAGUGCUCGGCGUGCGCGGAGGGGCAGUCCGGCGGCAGCCCGCCGAGCGGACACCCGGCCUGUCCCCUCUGCCGAGCCCAGAGACACUCCGGCAGCGAAGAGCGGCUCCGGAGGAGGAGUGACCCCGAGAGGAGCAGCAGCAGGCCGGGCAGGAGGAGCUGCGACAGCCGGAGAGAGUUCUUUGUCUCGCCUGCUCUCAUCCCAAAGUGUUCAGACGUUCCAUCGGGACAGACCGGCAAACACAAGCCGUUUGAGGACCGAGAGGAGGCGAAGAGGAGGAACUCUCUGACCUGUAAAGACGAAGCAGUCCGACACGUCGAGGAGCCGGGAGUUCUGUCUGACUCAGAGAACGAGGAGCCGAUCAGCAGGAGGAUCAGAAACAUCUCGGCCUUCAUCAGGAAAACCAAAACCUCCGCCGCCUUCACUGGUGGUUCCCAGAGGAGUCAGAGCUGCACUGACUCGGUGGAGGACAGAGGAGGGAAGCUGAAAGUCGUCACCCAGCCGGCCCUGAUGGACAGAGUACGACCUGUGGUUGGUAUCAGUCACAGCUACACUGCAGGAAUCCUCCUCUCCUCUGAGAACAGCCGCUCGGUCUCGGCUCCCAUCACCGCCCCGGACCGGAGGCUCACCUGGCGAGCUGUCCUCUCAUCAUCGUCCACACCUCUGGGCCUCCCUCCGCCCCGACCCGAGCGCUCCAUCAGCCCCGAGAGCAACGACAGCAUCUCCGAAGAACUCAACCACUUCAAACCUAUCGUCUGCUCGCCGUGCACGCCGCCCAAACGUCUACCGGACGGCCGUCUGAUGGAGCCCACCAUCGUAAAGUCCACACCCAGGAAUCUGACCCGCGGCCUGCAGAAGGCCACCACCUACGAGGCCAGUCCUGCCGUCCUGCAGAAGUGGAGGCAGAUUGAACUCGACCGCCAGAGCCUGAAAGUGAACUCCAAGGCGACGCUCACGAGUCCCGUCAGCGAGCUCCACAACAAGACCGUCGGGAGGGAGGACAGUGGCGUGGGGGCCACAAAGAAUCAUCAAUCCCCGGCAGGGCGGGAUGGAGACGGAGUGAAGGCCAUCAACAAGAGGAGGCUGCUGUUCGACCCUUCAGCCGCAGACACGGACAACUUCCAGAAACAGUCCGUAAAGAUCCGGGUCCCUGCGAUCCGCUACAGCAGCAACGCGACUUUCGGAGGAAGUUCAGACUUUGAGCCGUCAGUCGGCACUCCCGAAUCCUGCAGCGGAGGAUCCAUUUUUAGUCGAAAACAGUCCUUCUCACCGUACACUAAGAACUCUGGUUUCCAGUCGUGUAAACUAGUGCCAAAGGACUCGCAGAGUCCAAGGAAGGAGUCCGACAGUAGCCUCCACAACCAAUCUACCUCAAGGAGGGGCAAGAAGAGGGAACAGAAGACCAAACACCUGGACUCGGACCGGGACUCGGACCUAAAGAGGAGCCGGUCUGCCAGCCAGGAGGCUUUCGACGAGCGGUACAUCCGUCAGAUCCAGCAGGAGCGCCAGGACCGAGCACUCGCCCUGAAGCUGCAGAGACAGUUCGACCUGGAGAACCAGACCGUCAACCGCAGGAGGAGCCCCGACACGUACUUCCUGCGGUCCUGGAUGUCCAAUCAGAACCGCCGGAGGCGCGGCCUGAGGCGAUCUCGACGAAUCAACAAGAAGCACUAGGGAGUCGUCUGCUGACUCGGCACAAAGACUGCCAGGAAGAGGAUCAUAUAUGCAAAGUGACGACAGGUGAAGGUUUGAUGAAUGUUUUUUCAUGACCGUCGUUUCAAACGGCAAACUGUAAAGACAGUCAGUGAAACGCUGAACACUUCUUCCAAACAUUGUCUGAUUUUCACAUCUUUUCACCAGCAAAUCACGGUCCAUCAAUGAAGACAUCGCAUCUGUGGAGGACAACAGAUGGAUGUUUGACUUUACUUUGAACGUUUAUUAGAUUUGACCAGUCAAAUCAAAGCCAUAAAUGCUGUAUAAAAUCGACAUCUGAUGAACUUGUCAUCGGGUCCCUGUUGGCCAUCAGCAGACCCACAAACAGUCUUGUGCUGCAGGAACACUACCUGGCCCAGGUUUUCUGUGUGUCGCUUGGAUUGUGUUAAUUAAUUAUAUGAACUAAAAAAAAA